CUCGAAUCAUUUCAGUUCUUGCAGUAGAAAACGGCUCACAGAAUGGGGAAGUGGAACCAUAUUAUUAUAUUCCUUUUUUUAGUACCACCUGGGCAAGCUAUAGGAAAUAAAGUUUCCAUUUUUUUGGCAUCGAAAGUUUUUGAAGAAAUCGAUAAGGUUUUCUUGGACCUAGAACAAAAUCAAAGAUUUAUUCCCAAUCAUGAAAAUAAUUGUAACAAAAGCUUGCUUCAAUCAAAAGGUCUGGUUGCCUCUGGCGAUAAUGUAAGUAAAGGCUCGAACUUGCAGGAAAAUGGCUAUAUAUUACUGAAGGAAGCACAAGAAAAAAUUAAGGCAAUGAAAGAACUUUUUAGCACUCAAUGCUCCACCAAACCCAGUUCAUCAUCGCUAAAAGAAAAUCCCAAAACAAACGCCAGAAGUCACAUUGCAGGGGGUGUUAAAUAUGAGUGAUUCUUUGUGAAACCUAUCGAGAUUUUCCUUAUGGUCUCAAAACGAUUUCAUAAUUGUAUCAUGACAUUGUUCCAUUUAUAUACCUAGGACUUAAAAAAAAAUAAAUGUUUAUGUAUAACUUUAAAUUAAAUGGUGUAAAAAAAA